UCUUUAGAUCCAGUUCAAGGUAUUUUGGGUCUAAAUAUGGACUCCAUUUCCCUGCUGGGCAAUAGCCCAGCAUGCACCAAAGUCUGCUUUCUACCCAAUGGGAUGAAGAACGGGUCCAAGGAGGGACCCAGCAAGCCUGCCAUUGCCAUCAUCGGCUCUGGAGACUUUUCCAAAAGUUUGACCAUCCGGCUGCUUCGUAGCAGCUUUCACGUAGUCGUUGGGAGCCGCCAGCCCAAGAGGGCCGCCGAAUCCUUCCCGCACGUGGUGGACGUGACCCAUCACGAGGAUGCUGUGGGGAAGGCCGACAUCAUAUUCCUGGCCAUACGCCGAGAACACUAUUCCUCCCUGUGGGACAUCAAACACCUGCUGGCGGGAAAAAUAUUGGUGGAUGUCAGCAACAACAGACGGUUGAACCAGUAUCCAGAGUCGAAUGCAGAAUACCUGGCUUCUCUCUUCCCGGAAUCCAUCGUGGUCAAAGGGUUCAACGUGAUCUCAUCGUGGGCCAUGCAGUCGGGUCCCAGAGACUCCAGUCGACAGGUCUAUAUUUGCAGUAAUUCAGUGGACGCCCGGCAGCAAAUAAUCGAGAUAGCCCGUCGGCUCAACUUUAUCCCUGUGGACAUGGGCGCCCUGUCCUCAGCCAAAGAGAUCGAGAGCAUGCCAUUGCAUCUCUUCACAGCCUGGAAAGGGCCGGUUUUGAUCGCGGUCACCCUUUCCAUCUUCUUCUUCGCCUACUCUUUUAUCCGGGACAUUAUCCAUCCUUACAUGAAGACCAGACAGAGUUUUUUUUACAAGGUUCCUAUGGAGAUCGUGAACAGGACGCUGCCCGUAGUGGCUAUAAUUCUGCUAUCGCUGGUGUACUUAGCGGGACAGCUGGCUGCCGCGCACCAGCUCAUCUACGGGACGAAGUACCGGCGGUUCCCGCCCUGGUUGGAAGGCUGGUUGGAGAGCCGCAAACAGCUCGGUUUGCUGAGUUUCUUCUUCGGCUGCGUCCACGUGCUGUACAGCCUUUGUCUUCCCAUGAGACGCUCGGAGAGAUACCUGGUGCUCAACAUGGCUUAUCAGCAGGUCCAUGCAAACAUGGAGAACUCGUGGAAUGAAGAAGAGGUUUGGAGAGUAGAGAUGUACGUUUCUUUCGGCAUCAUGGGACUGGGGCUUCUCUCUCUGCUCGCUGUCACUUCAAUCCCAUCAAUCAACAGCGCCCUCAACUGGCGAGAGUUUAGUUUCAUUCAGUCCACUUUAGGUUACAUCGCCCUGCUCAUCACAACCUUCCACGCCUUGCUCUUCGGCUGGCAGCGGGCGUUUCAAGAAGAGUCCUACCGAUUCUACAUGCCUCCCAAUUUUGUGGUGGCACUGGUGCUGCCCGUAACGGUGAUCAUCGGAAAAAUAGUGCUGCUGCUUCCCUGUGUGAGUCGGAAGUUGAAGCGGAUCAGACGCGGAUUAGACUCCAAUCAGCACCGCACCAACCACGAGAGAUCGUCCGCUGCCCACGUAUCACCCGAGAGGGUCACGAUCAUGUGACCGCACUACUGUCACUAAUGUCAAUCAUGGUAAUCUUUACACAAUUCACCCCUCCAGUUCAUUUAUAACCUUCGAAAUGAAACCCAGCAUGCUUUUACAAAAUUGGAUUCUGGACUUAAAGGUUUGUUUGAUAGCUGUUUGUCUUUCAUGAAUAGGGAUGGAAAUCCAUUUGACAUUUUGGAUAAAUAUAAAUGUUGUGACCUCAAGGGCUGGCUCUAUAAGGAGAAAAGUCAUGUGAUGUUAUUCACACAUGAUGCGUCUCUCAUGAUUUCAGAAAAAAAUGCCUUUGUAAUGUUUUGUGAACCUUGCUUCGCCUCUAAAACGCUUUUCGUUUUUGGCUGAUGUCAUCAGGGCCGUGGUCCAAAACGACUCUUGCUUCACAACCACAGCGAAUUCACUUUCAAGUCUUGCAUCAUUCUGGUAUGAAACACACACUUUUCAGUUCAUGGAUUACAUCAACCUGCUUAACAUGUUAUUUAUAUUAUUUGAAUGUCCUGUUUUACUGAUAAAUUCAUGUUAUGUGCUGUACAAUUGGAUGUGAAUGUUGUUUUAUGUUAAAACUGUCAGUGAUCUGCUCAAGCUUUACCAAAAACAUCAAAUCUUUUGCAUUUCUUGUGAAUUGUACUGGAAACCAUUUUGUGUGUCACUUGGUAGCGGUGUAAAUACUCCUUUUUCUCACUUCAUGUUUACAAUGACUACAAUAAACGCACACCUUUCUCUCCUUUCA